CCUGUUGAAGGUGGGAAACCUCGGAGCGAUGAUCGGUUGGUGGUUGAUUUGCCGGUUGCCGCCAUCCGACGACCGUUGGGCCGUGUCCGGGGAAACGAUCCUGAGAAGGUGGCUGCGCUGAUGGAGAGCAUCAAGGAGAUUGGUCUACAGGAGCCAAUUGACGUGCUGGAGGUGGAUGGAGUCUACUACGGCUUCUCUGGUUGUCACCGCUUCGAGGCACACCAGCGGCUGGGCGCCGAAACCAUUCGGUGCCGUGUACGGAAAGCCAACAAGGAAGUGCUCAAGAUGCACCUCAUGUAG